CUUUCCCCUUACACGUAUGAAUACCACAUUUAUUACCCAAAAUAAUCCCAAUAUUGUCCCACAGUUAAGGGUGGUUUAAACUUGUGUUGACGUCUGAUGCUCCUCGGCCACGCGCGGGCGUGGGUGCAGCUCCUGUGCCUGAUAUGGAAGCAUCGAAGAAGAGCACUUCCGGUUUCCUUUCGGCUCCCGCCCCGCUCCGCCAUCAUGAAGCCCUGAACAAAAACGGAUGGAGAGUCGAGCAAAAUGGGGAUAACACGAACUGGAGAUUAAAUCUGCCGACAACACUAACGUAAUGACAGCACAAAGUGGAGCACGGAGCGGACCCGUGGAAAUUAAUAAAUCCAUUCCCCAUUGAAAGCGUCCAAGGCAGUUCUUGGCGUUACGUUAUUUAGUUAGCGGUGUUGCUAACAGCAACUAGAGCUAGCCUCUGAUUUUGUUAGCUACCCGGCUAGUUAUCUGUUAGCAGCCGUCAGUCAGAUAGCUGUCACUCUAAUUGACUGGCACUUUACUCAUGUCAAGCUGCGCAGACGGGCUAGCUGUCCAAUUGACUGGGAGCACCAGGAUGGAGAGGAGUUUAAGUAAAAGCGUCGACAGGCAGAAUGUGGUUUGUUCGUGUUGAAUAGACACCAGUGCCGAGGAAAGGGGAGUGAGACCAAUAUUUUCCAGCCAGGCCGGUUAGCUAGCUCCAGGGCUAGCUACAGUGGAUCCCAGAAGCCACGAAGCUAAAAACGGAAUAUUCCGUGUCUGGGUAAAUUAUGGCGCUGGCCAUGCCGGCGAUUGUGCGGGCCGGGAGCCUGAAGGACCCCGAUGUGGCGGAGCUGUUCUUCAGGGAUGACCCGGAGAAGCUCUUCACCGACCUCCGGGAGAUCGGCCAUGGGAGCUUCGGAGCGGUCUACUUCGCCCAUGACAUCCGCACAAAUGAGGUGGUGGCCAUCAAGAAGAUGUCCUAUGGGGGCAAACAGUCCAAUGAGAAAUGGCAGGAUAUCAUCAAGGAAGUGAAGUUCCUCCAGAAGCUGCGUCACCCCAACACUGUAGAGUACCAUGGCUGCUACCUGAGGGAGCACACAGCAUGGCUGGUGAUGGAGUACUGCUUGGGCUCAGCUUCUGACCUCCUAGAAGUCCAUAAGAAACCUCUCCAGGAAGUGGAAAUAGCUGCCAUCGUCCAUGGUGCAUUGCAGGGCUUGGUGUAUCUUCACUCUCACAACAUGAUUCACAGGGAUGUGAAGGCAGGAAACAUCUUGCUCACAGAGCCGGGUCAGGUCAAACUGGGAGACUUCGGCUCCGCCUCCAUCAUGGCCCCGGCCAACUCCUUUGUGGGAACACCUUACUGGAUGGCCCCUGAAGUGAUCCUGGCCAUGGACGAGGGCCAGUACGAUGGGAAGGUGGAUGUGUGGUCACUUGGCAUUACCGCCAUAGAGCUGGCGGAAAGGAAGCCUCCUCUGUUCAACAUGAAUGCAAUGAGUGCCUUAUACCACAUCGCCCAGAAUGAGAGCCCCGUGUUGCUGUCUAAUCACUGGUCGGAUUAUUUCCGCAAUUUUGUGGACUCCUGUUUGCAGAAGAUCGCCCAGGACAGACCGACCUCUGAUGUGCUGCUCAAGGUACAACGUGGUACAAAGGCAGUCCUGACUGAGGAGAAGAAGUUCCAGCAGCACAUCCUGGGUCAGCAGAAGAAGGAGCUGACGGGGCUGCUGGAGUCCCAGAAGAGGCAGUACAGAGCCCGCAAGGAGCAGCUCAAAGAGGAGCUGAAUGAGAACCAGUCCACCCCGAAGCGGGAGAAGCAGGAGUGGCUGGUGCAUCAGAAGGAGUGUCUGCAGCAGCUGCAGGCGGAGGAGGAGGCGGGGCUGCUGCGGCGGCAGAGGCAGUACUACGAGCUGCAGUGUCGCCAGUACAAGAGGAAGAUGCUGCUGGCACGCCACAACCUGGAGCAGGACCUGCUCCGAGAGGAGCUGAACAAGAAGCAGACCCUGAAGGACCUGGACUGUGCGAUGCUCCUCCGGCACCACGAGACCACCCAGGAGCUGGAGUUCCGGCAGCUGGGUUUGGUGCAGCGGACGCGGGCCGACCUGAUCCGCACGCAGCACCAGACGGAACUCACCAACCAGAUGGAGUACAACAAGCGGCGCGAGCAGGAGCUGCGGCAGAAGCACGCCGUGGAGGUCCGCCAGCAGCCCAAGAGCCUCAAAGUGAGUGAGGAGGGAGAGGGCGAGUCCGCAGAGGGGCCGGGCGACCGCUGGGACGGCAAGGCGGGGGGGGCCGGAGUAACGGACGGGGAGGGAGGGGAGAUGUGUGACGUUGAGCUCGAUGGAGCAGGCUGUGUGGGGGAGGGCGAGGGCGGGUUAGAAAGGAAAGACAAGUUAGAUGGAGACGUUAGAACAAAGGGAAACGAGGAAGAGAAGGACGAGUGGAAAGUGAGUGAAGAGGGGACAGAGGACAGGGAGGUAGAAGGAGGGCAGUGGGAGGAGGAUGAGGAGGAGGGUAAAACACAUGUAGACACAGACGAGGAGGAAGAGGAGGGCAGGGGCGUGGCCGACGGCUGUCCCUCAGAGUUCAUCUCGUCCCUGUCCCCGGAGAAGAGACGUCUCCGCGAGCGCAUCGACGAGCUCUCCGAGUUUUACUUCCCCGACGUGGAGGAGGAGGAGCCCGCCCCCGCCUCCCCC